UCCAACUUCCAUACAAAUCGCAUCGCGGGCUCUUUUUGAGCUAAUUUAGUUAAUUUAAUAAUAAAACGAACAGCAAAUAGUUAACACCGUGUGGCGUGGGCAGUGUGUCGCGCGAUUAAGAUGAACCCACGUAAAAUUAACCGCCCGAACAGAUGAAAUCGAGAGUAGCGUCCUCGUCGGCGUCGCAAGUUGAACAUGUUUGAACAUGAAAACGAGUGCUAAAAAUAUAAAACAACAACAAUUUGGCACGCCAAGAACUGCGUAAAAGAAGCCAAUUAAAUAAUAGAGCAUCUGUGCUCUGGGUUUGAGGAUAAAUCAAAACAGACUGCUCGAGAUUGGUUUUGCGAAAAAUUCAAUAUUAAAGCAGCUGCUUGUCGCGCGUGCCCUAGCGCCCGCCUUUUUGACGUCACAGCGGCGUCAGCUGCAGAAAAAACUCUUCAACGGGUGGUGCACCAUGACGUUCCAGUGACGCGCAUCUCAUGCCCCAGAGUACCUGAAAAUAUAGUAGAGUGUACAUUAGCUAAAUAGUCGCCAUGGAUAGCUCUAUGUACUACGCAAAGGACAGUAUUGUGGCCGACACCACAGAGGCGGCAGCUUUCAUGGAGGCCGUCGCCACGACGGCCAGGGCCAAUGCCACGCCACGCGUCGACGAUGGCGGCGUAUCCAUGAACAAUUUCUAUCCGGCAUUGGUUCAGUGCUUUGGCAUCAUCAUCUGCGGUUACAUUGCCGGUCGCUUCAAGAUCAUCAGCAAUGCGGAAACCAAAGGACUGGGCACCUUUGUGGGCACCUUUGCCUUGCCCUCGCUCAUCUUCCUGUCGCUGGUGGAACUCGAUUGGCACGCCGUCGACUGGAGCUUUCUCCUGGCCAUGCUCGUGUCCAAGGCGAUUGUCUUCUUUUCGGUGCUGAUAAUUUCACUGCUGGUGGCGAGGCCCCUCAACUAUGCCCGCGGCGGUUUAAUGGCAAUUUUCUGUACGCAGAGCAAUGACUUUGCCAUUGGCUAUCCCAUAGUUAUGGCUCUGUACAAGGAUGUGCAUCCGGAAUAUGCUGCGUAUCUGUAUUUGAUGGCACCCAUUUCGCUGGCCAUACUCAAUCCCAUUGGCUUGGUGCUCAUGGAGAUCUCCAAGAUAAUCAAAAACAAGGAGGAGGCGACACGCAAUCCCCCGCUGUGUCCGGAAACCUGUCCAGCCGAACAAAUGGUCAAGCGGAAUAGAUGCCUGGGCGAUCGUACAAUACUGGUGUUUAACACAAUUGUGGCUCUGUUCUUCAAUCCGCUGCUGUUGAUGACUCUGCUGGGUGUGGCUGGUGGCUUUCUAUUCCCCCAUGGCCUGCCCGAAGUUGUCUCCAGCACGCUGCGCACUCUCGGACAGAGCUUCUCGGCCACAGCUCUGUUCCUGCUCGGCCUGAAGAUUGUGGGUGGCAGGGGAACCGAGAAAAAGAGCAUUGGAUUUCUACUCCCAGGCGUCCUCAUUCUAGUCAAGAUAUUGGUUCUUCCUUUGGUCAUCCGUCAGACGGUGAACAUCAUGCAGGUGGGAGAGAACUUCAAUGACACCACUGAGCUAAGCACUUUCGGUUUUCUCUAUGGAACCUUUCCCGCUGCCCCGGGUGCCUUUGUCAUUGCCACGCAGUACAACAUGGAAGUGGAAUUGGUUGCUCGCAGCAUGGUCUUUUGCACAUUCAUCUCGGCGCCUCUCAUGUUCAUAUCGGCCAAGAUGAUAUCGCUGACGAAUCUAAAGCCUUUGGAUUAUCUGCACGAGCUGGACGCCUUCUCGUUUGACAUUAGCAUUGCCGGGGCAGCUGCCUGCUGUUGCAUGCUGGCCCUGUUCAUUGUCACGAAGCGCUUUAAGCGCAUGCCACAGCGGAUUACCUUUUGUCUGGUGUUGUCACAGCUCAUGUGCUGCAUUGGGGUUAUACUGUGGUCAAAGAUGGAGCAUGUGAAUCGUUGGCCCUUGUAUCUGCAGUUCUUCUUGUUCAACAUUGGCACCUACAGCACUCGCCUGUGGACAGCGCUGUUGGCCAUAUCCCUGCUCUUUCUGCAGUGCCGCAGCCUUUGCUUUGUGCUCAAAAUGUGGCCCUAUAUGUUGGUCUUCGCCUGGGGUGUGCCUGCCAUUAUUUCGGGUCUGCUGGUGGCCUUCGAUUCGAAUGUGACGUCUGGAGAGAAGCAUCAUCCCAGCUUUCAGUAUGGAAAUGCUCAGGCAGCCAUCUCUGUGUUUAUGCUGGUCAUGUGUUUUAUUGUUACUGUGGGUUGCCUGGUGCUGCAUCAGCGGUACAAGAAACGCUACGAGAAGUUCAUGACGUAUUCACGUGAGCUGUCGAAUCCAGAGUCAGAAACGUCCGACUUGCAUUCAACCGUGUCCACAACCAAUUUGCUGAGCCACACAGAUCUUUCCUCGCUAAGGCAGAGCGCGCGUACCGCUUCUUAUUCGUCCUCGUCGGACGAUGAUGAAAUGAUACCAACAGCCGCGGGAAUGCCAGCCAGCAGAGGCGGUGGCGGUGGAGGUGGAGGCUGUGGCUCGGGCAAUGGUAAUUGCUGUUCGGGAGGUUCCAGUGUCGUUACUACACCAACAACAACCAGCACUGUGGUGGUGGACAUUGAGGAUCUUUUGAGCCGCAGUCGCCAGCGUAGCAAUGCUGUUAAUCCGAAAGAUCUAGACAAAAUUGAAACUGAGCCGGCAACAACCGAAGCAACACGCAAUCACAUGUGCAGCAGUUCGUUCAACUGCGGCCCCAGCACCUCGCGUCAAAGCUGUCAGACGAUUAUCGAACGCUAUGAGGACCAGACACGACGAGGACUAGAGCCGCUGGAGCACACAAGCGACUUGGACGAGCAUCAGACACUGAAGCACACCGUACUGCUGAUUAUUUUGCUGUGCUCCAUGUUCGUCGGCCUGGCCGUGUCCAUUUGGACAUUGGUGAUGGAGGGCAUGUCGGGCAUCUAUCUGGAGCUGAGUUUCCUCGACGCUUUUCUUAAUUUCGGUCAGGGUCUGAUUGUCUUGGCCGUGUUCAUAACAGACAUGGGAGAGCUACUCAUGCCAGUAGUCAAGCUCUGGAGGAAGUUAUGGUACGGAGCGAAUAUUGUCAGCCUGCCGCACUGGUCAAAUGUUCGUCCCGAAACGAAGCACAUUUGCGAACAGUUUCGCAAUCAUCAUUUGGAGAACUGCAAGAAGGACAUUGCCAAGGACAGAAGGUGGCGCAUUCGUGUCUAUCGCAAGGUGUUCUAUGGCAGCGAAUUUGUCAGCUGGCUCAUCGAGGUGGGCCUCUCCAAGGACCGCAUGGAGGCGGUGCACUAUGCCCGGCAUCUGGUCGAUGGUCGGGUGCUGCGACACAUCAACAAUGUCUAUCAUUUCGAGGACAAGCUGCUGCUAUACAACUUCUGCAGUCGCAUCUAAAAGGCAAAGCCACAAAAAGAUGAAGCAACUACGCCAAAUUUAGUUCGAUUUUUGUUUAGUUUACUAUAUGUUUUGUAGGUAAUUUUUGUCUGCUGUGAUUGUAUGCGCCUCGCACACACACACGCCUACCCACACACAUCACAGCCUAGUGUGUGUGGGUGGGUAUGUGACAGAGAGAGAGAGAGAGAAGGUGAUACGCGAGGAAGAGCUAGUGAAAUGUUUAUAAUUGUCCAAGUUUAUAUUUUUUUUAAUGUUUAUUCACUAAGUAGUCGCCUUGGGUACACCCAGCUCGAGCUAUAUAUAGUCUCUAUAGUGCAAUAUAGAAUACCGAAUACCGUAACGAAGGAGAAAGUAUUUCAAAAAGAGAAGAAAGUUUCCUAAACUAAACCCAAGAAAAAGA